AUGCCGUACAAUCUCACCGUCGGCGAAACCACCUCGGAGAGGGAAAGCGGAGACCAAGGGGAAGUAGGCUAUGAUGGCUACGCGCCGCCGAUACUUGACUGCUAUCCUCAUUCGGAAGACAGCACAAACCUUGAGGAUUCCGGUACAAGCAAAAGAAGUUUAUCGUCAAGGGCUGGAGAUUCUCACGAAGAGCCGCAUGCUACAGAUCUUGGGAGACAAUACCAGAAAAAUCGUGUUCCCUCAGAAGACUUCAAGAACCCUAUUAAUUUAGAAGGUAUUGCCGUCCCAGAUAAUGAGAAAAUGGCAAACUCGACAGCAAAAAGAUCACUUCCGGAUGCCGCACGCCCCAAGAUCAAGGAAGAUGAGCCCAGUGGCUUAGGAUACUCGAGUGAUAGUUUUCGAACCUCGAGAAAUGGAGGAAAAUUCCCUGAUGCGGUAUACUUGAGAUGGGCAAUAAAGCCAGAAACACGCCCCUCUAAUCUACGUCCACUCCUCCCUAAGUGGACGGCUAAACACAGCGCCAUCUUUCGCUUACUAUCGAUCCGUCAAGGAAUACCACCUAUCAUGGAGUAUAGCGAAGCGUUCCACCCCUUGAUCACGAAUCUUUUGAUCACGCGGGCCCAUGGAUUGAGCGGCGAUCUUGCAGGAAUUAACAAAGAGCGGUUCAACCUAUGGUUGAGGAGCUUACAGGAUGUCCAAAUUGAUCUGGAAAGCAGCACUAGAGGGCGGAAUCUGGAAUUGAAGCAGGUUCAGAAAGGGGUAGGUCAAAGGAGGUUCCCUUCCGACCAUGUGAGAUCGAGAUCAAGAUAUUGGGACCCAGAUAGCCCAGAAUCCCGCGCUGUGAGGGAGCUCGAACAAGAAAUGAAAGCCAGCAGACAGGCUUACCAAAAGACCAAACUGUCGCUCGAGUCGAGAGAAUUGUUGGUGGAAAACAACUAUCGUAAGAAACUAGCGCUUCUCGAGAACGACUAUCAAUCGGCAAUUUACUACGCGCAAAGAACCGAAAGUUUGCGUACGCGCAUGAAAGGUGAGGUCGUCAAACUUAAGACGGAAAAUGAGCAUAUAAAAAGUGACCUCGACACUGUUCGGAAAUUUCAAGAUCUCGUAGAUAAAGUUGAAUUUGGCUGGCUGACUGAACUGGUUGAAACAAGCUGGGCGACCCGGGAGGUUCUCUCACCGCAUGGCUAUCCCAUGCAUCUGAGCAUUGCAGCAUCGGAUGAGCAUGUGUUAGGUGAAGUACUCCCGUUGGAGAGCCUUGAAGGGGGAACCCCCGGAUCUCGCCGCCCUGGAUUUAUAGAAGACGAUGAAGAUUUACUGCCGAAUUGGCCGAAAAACAUGACGCAAGAUCAUGGUGCAAAUAACCUCAGCGUUGAGAUCCCUCCAAGAACCUCUUACAUUUCCAGCGACACAUCUUCCGUCCAAUCGCAGCAAGAGUUCAACCCCUUCAUCAAAGUGGUGUUGAGGAAACCUGGAUCAGACAUCGACGACUAUAGCAGAAGAUUAUCAAGCAUGAACCCUGACACUAGGGGUCGUGAAAUCGCCCCUCCCGCUCCUUCUGAAUCAUCGGAGACUCUGCAUGAGAGCCUUUCGCAGAACAACGAAUGGGAUACAAAUCCUUCCUCUGACAUCAUCAAAAUCGACAAAUCAGUGGAGGAUAUACAGUCAUUCGGAGUCACACCUCUAGAUCCAGCGGUUCAUGACAUGCAAGACCCGUCUGCGCUGAGGUUAUUGGAUAGUGCACAGGAUCCUCACCUCACAUCUCCUGAAAGAAAAUGUGUACGGCUUGAAUGGCACUGCCAUUGCGGCGUCAGGUUGUAUGAUGAUUUUGUUGAGCUACGACCUGGUGCUGCGAAGGAAUACGCAGCUGAGUGUCUUCAAAAUGUCGCGAUUCACCCCAGAAGUGGAACUAAAGGUGCAACUCAUGCAAAUACCUCUCGUGCAAGGUCCGCAUUGGGCUACUGUUUAAAUUUCAUGGGGAGCUCCGUAAAGUCAAAUGGCCCUUUACUUCCGCAAAACAGCGUUCAAAGCCAGGAACAAAUCUUGUUCCAAACCACGCUCAGCGCUUCUUCAGAUCCGAGGCAUACCUUUCUGGAAGAACUCUUCCUUCUCUUAUGUAUUCCACAACACAGCCACGCAAUUAAGCUUUUACAACCCGACUUGACCGGUUGUUCCUCGGAUCGGGCAUUCUUCUCACUUCUGAAACGCACUUUCGCUCAGACGCGAGGGAAGUUGAAACGCUUUCUGUCGCUCAAGACCAUCCGAGGCAUCAAAUUCGUACAGCUAGAAUUGUUCAAGUCCGAGCUCGUGAACAUUCAAAAGCAAGACGUCUUCCCCCCAGAAGAGCGUAAGGACGAGUAUCGGUACAGUCCCAUGCCCGCAGAUCUGAUCCCGCCUGUUGGGGAGCAUCUCAUGUUGCACUUGUUGACUUAUCCUCAAUGUGCGGAAGAGGCUGGCAUCCUGCUUGCACGGAUACCGAAGAAGUUGAAGGAACGCCUGCGCACAUGUCCGACCACUGGGACUGGUCUUGGUUGGGGCAUACAGUUUGUAGAAGGUUGGCAUUUCAGCAUCGUCAUUGUUUUGGCCUUUGUCAUUUUGCUGCUUGCAAGUCUGGUCUUUCUUGUCUGUUGGACUGUGCUCAAGCAUGAUGCCCAGAGCGCGUCGGGUGUCGCUGCUUACAUUGUUGCUGUUGUCGUGCUCGGCAUUGGGAGUUUGCAAGCUGCGUUUGGGAUUUGA